AUGGGCCAGCUUGAGCAGCUCGGCCACGCCCCGCGGAGCGCGAACGGCUCAAACUCUGCGCGUACGUCACCGAUGGUAUCGCCGUCCUCUCUGCCUUGUGAGCUCGAGUCGACGUCGUCGCGCGAGCGCGUCGCUCCAGCCGUGGAAGAGUGGAUGGCGAAGGCGCGCGAGCGCAUCGACGACUUCAUAAGCGUGGCGGGCUCGGCGCCGAUCAGCUACGUGCAGGACGACGCGGACGGCUCAGACGACGAGUAUGAGGACAGCGAGUACGAGUUCGCGAUUGUGGACUACAACGGGGAGGUGACGACGCCGGAGGUCGCUGCCAGCCGGCGGGACUCCGCGCCUAAUGGUGUGCCAACGAAGAAGCGCACUUACUCUGGGAAGCUCGCCACGCUGCCGAGCGAGGCGGCGCCGUACGGGCUGAUGGCGAACCUCAGCCUGAAGGCCCAUCCGCGCCGCGUCGGCAGCCAGGGCGAGGUGAUGCAGAGCCCGGAGGAGGACAGCGAGCUGAGCAUCGCGAACGACGACUUCUUCCGGAAGCGCUCCGUUCUCGAAGCGAGCCCGGGGCCCGACGCGGAGCGUCCGCGGGAGACUGCCGUAUUCGAGUACCCCGCCAUCCUCGCGCGCGGCAUCAUCACGCCAGACAUCGCCGAGUCGCUAUUCAGCAUCUGUUUCGGGACCAUGAACCAGUCCGUGUCGUUGCUCGACCCCGUCCUCUAUACGGCACCUCGGACGUGUGUCCGCAGUCCGUUUCUGUUCACCGUUAUCUGUGCGCUGGCGUCGAGGUUCCAUCCUGAUCACCUCAAGGUGUAUCCCCAGCUCAUGCGCUUCGCGCAUCUUGCUGCUGGGACGGCGUUGAUCAGUGGCACGAAGACCGUCGACAUGUGCCAUGCUUUCAUUCUUCUCUCUCUAUACCCUAUGCCUACAAAACGCUGGGAGGACGACCGAAGCUGGAUAUUCCUCGGAACCGCUAUCCGCAUCGCCAUGGACCUCAACCUGCAGUACCCCAAUACCGCAAAGCCGCAGAACGAGAAUCACGCGCGCGAGAUGCUGAACCGCACGCGCCUGUGGAUCAACUGCUACAACCUCGACCGCUCGAUGGGCUCGCAGUACGGGAAGGCGCCCGUGAUCAAUCAGGCGGACUACACGGCGACGCACACGCACGACUGGUGGCGCUCGAGCCCGUACAAUCUGCAGAACUUCGACAUCCACCUGUGCGCGUACAACGCGGACCUGCGCGCGCUGUCGGGGUUCAUUCGGAAGGUGUACAGCAACCCGGACCACCCGAUGGGGUUGAAUAAGGACGUCGAUCUGGAGCAGCUGUCGAUGGAGUCGGACGACGAGAUCCAGGCGCUGCAGAAGGAGUGGAUGGGCAUUAUUGAGCAGACGGACAUGACGGACUCGCAGAACCGCUUCCGAGCAGGGCUGUUGCGGCUGGCGUGGAGCUAUGCGCGGUUGGCCGUGCUGUCGUACGGGUUCCAGCAUGCAUUCGGGAGGACGAAUGCGGAUGAGAAUCCGUUCUUAAUGAGGUGCUUCACAGCAGCGAAGGACGUAGUCACUUCUGCGCUUGAUGGUCUAUCUCAGCCUGAUCAAAAACUCUACCUCCGCCACGGCCCGGAGGCUCAGAAGGUCUUCGUCACGUUCGCCGCCUCCUUCCUCGUCAAGCUCCUUCAACCAAAAUUCUCCCACUACUUCGACUACGACCGUCGGGUUGAGAUCCACGGCCUCGUCACACGUGUCAUCGACUUUCUCUCCAGCCCCGACAUCGCGGUGGACGACCAGCAUGGGCCGAAGUUGCAUGCGCGGUUUCUCAAGGGGCUCCUCGCCUCUCCGCUCGCGCAAGUGACCCAGGUUCGCAGGACAUCGUCGCAGUCAAAGUCGUCGCAUAACUCUCCACCGGCCGCGGCGUCGUCGCCCGAAUCAACCACCGGCAUGCCGACGCCGGCAACGGCAGCGACCUCGUUCAAUGACUUCACGCCAAUCAACCCCUUCGCCCAAUCGGCGCAUACGAUGGGCACGGCGACGGGCGAUGGCGCAAACUUCAACCUAGAGGACAUGUUCAGCCCACCGCUGCAGUAUGAUGCGGCCAUCUUCGCGAGGAUGCAGGAGCUACCUGCCCAGUGGUCGGAUAUCGCGGGGAUGAGCACGCUGCCGGAGCAAAUGAUGCCCGAGAGGGCGGACGUGCGAGGCGGCGGGGAGGUGGAUUGGUUCACGCAGUUACAGAAUCUCAGUGCUCAGACCCCGCAGAGCGCGGAUUGGCAGUAUUGGCCAUCGCAGUAG